AUGGUAGACCCAAGGAAGAUUGAAGUAGUGAAGAAUUGGCCUAGAGCAAAAACAGUUACUGAAGUUCGGAGUUUUCUCGGUUUAGCGGGUUAUUAUCGGUGUUUUGUGGAAGGCUUUUCUAAGAUCGCAAUGCCGUUAUCCGAGUUAACUAGGAAGAACCAACGGUUUAUAUGGUCAGAUAAGUGUGAGGGAAGUUUCCAAGAGCUGAAACAACGACUUAUUACAGCUCAUGUUUUAGCCUUGCCAUCGGAUCAAGAGAAGUUUGUGGUGUAUUGCGAUGCAUUAAGGCAGGGUUUGGGUUUUCUGCUAAUGCAGUCAGACUUGUUGGAAAGAAUUAAAGUGGCAAAAUUAGAAGACCCUAAACUGUUUAAGAUUCGAGAAGAUGUUUUAGCAGGCAAAUCUAAGGACUUUUCAAUCUCUGACAGUGGAAUGCUACUGUUCAAAGCACGAGGGUGUGUCCCUGAUAACACUGAGCUUAAGAAAGAGAUUUUGGAUGAAGCUCACACUACCCAAUGGAAGUGGGAAGACAUUGCGAUGGAUUUGGUGGUUGGUUUGUCGAGAACUAUAGGAAUGUAUGACUCUGUUUGGGUCCUGGUGGAUCGCUUUACAAAGUCAGCACAUUUCUUGCCUAUCAAAGUAACUUAUACAAUAGAUCAGUAUGCUGAUUUGUAUGUAAAGGAGAUUGUUCGCCUUCAUGGAAUACCAAAGUGUAUCAUUUCAGAUAGAGACCCUAAAUUUACCUCGAAGUUUUGGGUGAGUUUGCAGAAGGCCAUGGGAACUAAUUUGAAGUUCAGUACGGCCUUUCAUCCUCGAAUAGAUGGGCAAUCUGAGCGAACUAUUCAGAUACUUGAAGACCUAUUACGAGCUUGUGUCAUGGAUUUUGGAGGCUUUGUAAAUAUUCCUACUUAUUACACCAAGCUGUAA